AUGGCGAACCAGGAAGUGCUCGUCGACUUCCACGGCACGGCCAUGCGGUUCCCGUCCUUCUGGCUCCGCGACCACUGCCCCUGCGCCGAGUGCCAACACCCAAGCACGCACCAGCGACAACUCGACACCUUCACAAUCGACCCGGACAUCAAGGUGUCCAACGUCGAGCCCACGCCCGACGGGCUCCAAGUGACAUGGCCAAGCGACGACCACAAGAGUCUCUACCCGUGGUCCUGGCUCGAGACGCACCCGCCCUUCACGCAGUCCAAGCCGUCGUCGUCACCAUCAUCUACCACGACAUCCAAGCGCACGCCCUCCCGACAAUGGGCCCCCGUCCUGUCUACGUCCUCGAUGCCACGAGUGGAAUACGGUGCCAUCAUGUCCGGGUCUUCCUCCGAGGGUCUCAAGUCGUUCCUCUCCGCCAUCCACAACACGGGCCUGUGCUUCAUCCCGUCGACUCCCGCCGACCCGGCGUCCACGCAGCGGCUGAUCGAACGCAUCGCGCACAUCCGCGCCACGCACUACGGCGGCUUCUGGGACUUCACGAGCGAAGUCAACCCGAUCGACACGGCCUACACCAACGACCCGCUCCCGCCUCACACGGACACGACCUACUUCACCGACCCGGCCGGCCUUCAAUUGUUCCACCUCCUCUCGCACACGUCCCUGAGUGACCCGUCCGAGCCAGGCACGGGAGGCGAGUCCACCUUCGUCGACGGCUUCGCCGCCGCGUCUCACCUGUACGACAAGUUCCCCCAGCACUACCGCUCGCUUGCGACGUAUCCCAUCAAGUCGGCCGCUCGAGGGGCACCAGAGGGCUCCUUCUACAACACCGCCUCCAAUCUCCAGGGAUAUCCCGUCUUUUGUCAUUCUUCGCCAAAUCCCUCCAUCACGUCGCCAUCCCCGUCGACACUCGUCCAAAUUCGUUGGAAUAACCUCGACCGCGACACCCCUACCACACCGACUUUCCCCAAUCACACGGCGCUGAAGAACUGGUACGCCGCAGCACGCGAGUGGGCGCGCAUCUUGGAAUCUCCUGAGUUCCUAAUCACUGUAAAACUACAACCUGGCGAACCGGUCAUCUUUGACAACUGGCGCGUCUUGCAUGGCAGGUUGGGGUUUGAAGGGAAACGCCGAGUCUGCGGCGCAUAUGUGGGCAUGGACGAUUUCAGAGCAAAAUGUCGGAGUUUGGGAAUUGAAGCUUGA